AUGAACCGAACUCAAUCGGCCAUCGAUCCAUCGCUGAUAGUUUGGAAUAUUUCAACGAUUGCAUUAACAACUUUAGCGAUUGGAUUAGCUACUCUAUUCUUAAUAACUAUUCUAAUCGACAAAAAGUCGAAAAAAAUUCCAAUAAUGGUAUUAGUUGCCAAUUCAUGUUUAUCUUCGAUUGUAUUUGGUAUAGACAUGCUUGUUUGUUUCCUAAUUGCUCUAAAUAAUGAUCUGAAAGAAAUUCGAACUGAAGAUUCAUUGUGUAAAUUUCGAGCAUAUGUUGCUUAUAGUGCAUGUGGGGUAUUUGAUUAUUCAUUUUUUAUCCAAGCCUUAUAUCGAUAUAACACUAUUAUUCAUCCGAAACGUACAAACUGUCAAUCGUUACAAAAUCAGCUUGUUAUAAUCGUUUUAACAUGGAUUUUAGGUUUCCUAUUCCCUAGUGUAUUUUUAUUUACAACAGAAAUUGUCUAUAAUGUUGACAAUCAAAUUUGUCAAAUACCUCUUCGAGUAUCGAUAUCAACGAUCUAUCUUUCAUUUUGUAUCUAUCUUAUUCCAUUGCUAUUGAUUACGGGAAUGUAUUUGAAAUUAAUUCGACAUGUAAAACAUAAACGUAUUCGUACCAUACAAACAAGAAAGUUUAUUCGUGCACAUUGA